UUUCAUUUCCCUCCUUCAAGCCUUCGACGCGACAAACACUCGGAGCAGAGACCGAUACGUCGGCGUCUGCCUCUGCCGUCAACCGGAUUCUUCUCCGCAGAGUGAGAGUUUUCCGACGAAGACAGAAGCCCCAUUUUUUCAGUUCACUUUAAGUUUUGAGAGUAAAGAAGCAGCUUUGCUAAAGGAGAUCGGAUUGCAUGAAGGCUAGAUUUUCCACGAGUCAUCGGUCGUAUCUGACUCUUCGGACUCUUCUGGAAGAAUUUUAGGGUUUUUCUGGGUUUGGUGGGGGGUAAAUAGGGUCAAUGAAUUUGGGGGAUUUGAACAAGGUGUGGGAAAUCAAGACUUUGAAGAAACCUGGGGAAGAUGAAGCAAGGAAGAUUCUUGAAAAAGUAGCAAAGCAGGUUCAGCCAAUCAUGAGCAGACGAAAAUGGCGGGUGAAACUUCUCUCUGAAUUCUGCCCAAAAAAUCCAGCACUUUUGGGGCUAAAUGUAGGAGGGGGUGUGCACGUGAAGCUGAGGCUUCGGAGGCCAAACCGGGAGUGGGAUUUCUUCUCUUUCAAUGAAAUUCUUGACACCAUGCUCCAUGAGCUUUGCCACAAUAUUCAUGGUCCUCACAAUGCGAGUUUCUACAAGCUUUGGGAUGAACUUCGAAGGGAAUGCGAGGAGCUGAUGACUAAGGGGAUAAUGGGAACCGGACUUGGGUUUGAUCUUCCUGGGAGGCGUUUGGGUGGAUUUUCUCGUCAGCCUCCCCUUUCAUCUCUUCGAGCAACAGCUGCUGCAGCUGCGGAAAAAAGAGCAUACUCUAGCACUCUACGGCCCUGCGGACCUCACCGUCUUGGUGGCGAUAGCACCAUCAUGUUAGCACUUAGUCCAAUACAAGCCGCCGCAAUGGCAGCAGAAAGGCGUUUACUUGAUGAUCUCUGGUGCGGUUCUUAUUCUGCAGAGAUUUUAGCAGAUGAAGAAAACUUUAAUGACACUUAUAAGGAGUGUGUCCCAGUAAGGGAAAUUUCUACGGGCUUGAGCGAAAACUAUGCAAGAUCAGUGAAGAGAAGAUAUGGGUCGGAUGCUCAUUCAUUUCCUUUGUCCUCCAAACACCAACAGGGAUCUGAAGUAUUUGAUCUCACUCAGGAUGGUUCUGAAAUUAGAUCUCCUACAAGAAGUUGCAAAGCCCAGAAGGCUUCAUCAUCUGUCGUUUCCGAUUCAGCUCAUAGUGCAGAUGAAUCUUCCAUGUGGAAAUGCACCACAUGCACCUUACUAAACCCGCCAUUGGCUCCAAUAUGCGAGUUGUGCAGCGCAGCAAGACCAAAGGAAAGGGCAAUCAAGUACAAGAUUUGGUCCUGUAAAUUCUGUACGCUAGAAAACAAUGCGAAGCUGGAGAAAUGCGAGGCUUGUGGUCAGUGGAGAUACUCAUACGGGUCGCCGUUAUCAACCCGAGCACCUAACCUUGGCACAUGAAGGAGUUCAUCUCUGUUUACUCCGCGAUCGAAAGCUAAUGAAAUCUAUUACCAAUCACCAUUUUCUUACCGACAAGAUUCUCAAAUCGUCGCUAUGACUUCAGGUUGGUUUGGCUGACGAUAUAGAGCCCGAGUCUAUUAUGUGGAAUCACUAGUUUGCUAAAUUUGAACAUGAAAGUAUGUGCUUCAUUACAGUCACUUGUGGUUUCAUUUUUUCUUUGUCUUCUGAUUGAAUUCAGGUUUCGGGCCCGUCUCCGAUCAGAUCGAAGUCAGAUAAGAUAAGUGUUUAUGUUUUGUGGAUUUUGGAUUAGAACUUAGAACACUAUGAAAGCCUCGGAAUGUAGAAUUUUGUGGCAACUGUUCGUGCAUUAAAAAAAAUGCUUGUGAAAUCAGCUGCUUGUUCAUUAGGGUUUCGUCUAUAACUUUGCUUGCAAGGAAAGCUAACGACCCAAAACCUA